AUGGCGCCGAUGGCUGCUGCUUCCACUUCCUCUGCGCCGGCGUUGGUGAAGCCGCCGCCGCGUUUGGCGGCGGCGUUUUCUUUCUCCAACAGUAUGUCGCGUUGCAUCUCGUUCCGGUCCGCCGUUCCCGUCGGGGGGCGAGGGGGAGAAUGGCGGCGCCGCCUCGUUGUGGUGGCGACUGCGGGAGGGAUGGGGGCAAAGCCCACGGUAUUGGUGGCGGAGAAGCUCGGGGAGGCGGGUCUGGAGGUCCUCAAAGGGUUUGCCAACGUGGAUUGCUCCUACAACCUCACGCAGGAGGAGCUCUGCACCAAGAUCUCCCUCUGCGAUGCCCUUAUCGUGCGUAGCGGCACGAAGGUCAGCCGCGAGGUCUUCGAGUCGUCCGGCGGUCGGCUCCGUGUCGUUGGCCGCGCUGGGGUCGGGAUCGACAACGUUGAUCUCGGGGCCGCAACCGAGCACGGAUGCCUCGUCGUCAAUGCUCCCACCGCCAACACGGUCGCGGCCGCCGAGCACGGCAUCGCCUUACUCACUGCCAUGGCCCGCAACAUCGCCCAGGCCGAUGCCUCGCUCAAAGCUGGUGACUUCCUUUCUCUGCUUAACCCACUUUCCCCAUUUCUUUCUCUCCUUUUCAGAGUCUCCUCUUCAACUCUGUUUCUUUCUAUUCCUAUAUAAUAACAACUUGAUAUCUUUCUUAUUAAACCAUACUCGAUGGAUCUGUUUGGAUGCUUGCUAUAUCAUUUUGCCUAUGAUCUGUUCGCUGAAAUGCUCAUGUUAUCAUUAUUUUCUCUGAUUACUUUUUUUGUAGAAAGGAUGCAUGUGGUUAACAAUAAGGUGAAUAGACGUGAAUGGAAAAGACAGUAAUGACGGAAAAGCUUUAUUUUACAGACUUUUCUGAACAGAGAUGGAGAUUUUUGAUAAAUAUAACUUGUAAUACCCUCAGCGUAAGAAAAAUAAAAAUAAUCAUCUGCCUUUCCGUGCAUUUAGAUGUGCAGUUGAACAUCAGCCUGUGAUCGAGUAAGUCGAAUUUUAUGGUUGUGGUCCAAAAAAGUGAAAUGCACGUAAUCUCCUAAUCUCUAAAAAAUUUAUUGGAAUCCAUAAUUAUUGAGGAGCUAACUAAGACGUUGCUAAUCUCUAAAUAGACUGUUGCAGAUGAGAAGAUCUCUCCUAGUUUUGUUUAGCAAGAUUAACCAUGCUUUGCAUUUCAAGUUAUGUUGGGCUAUUUUGAACUUGCUUUGCAGUCUUUUGAAGAUAUGUCAUGCAAGGGUUGAGCUACAGCACCAGCUAGAACUAUUUAUAUUCGUCCACGUGAAAGGCCUGAUGAUCUAGUUAAGCCUCCUUAAGAAUAUGAUUCCUUUGUAGUUCGCUUUUUCCGAUAUUUUAACCUCCGGGUUGAUAUUGAUAUAGGACUUAAUGAUUCUAAAGGCAAUAUCCUGGUCGUUUCCGGAUUCCUUUCGCAGCAUUUAAUUUCUUGUCAGUUCCUGUAUCGUGAUUUGAGCUGGAUAGUUGAUAAACUAGGAAAUAAAAUGGUCAACCUGUGUAAAAGUCCGUUUUGCAUUCAUUUCGAAGGAUAUGUGACGUAUAAUCUGUUCCUAGAUCCUGUUAAAGCUUAUGAGAAAAACUCCAGAGAGAUGAUUAUAUUCCUCAUCGUAUAUUUUAUAAAAUUAUUUUUCAAGCAAUAUGUUUCCGUAUCCAUUGACGUUACUAUUGAUUUUCUUUGAACCUCUUUGGAUAGUAUGGAGGCAAUUAUCUAGUAGAACGUGACCUGAGUUCUGGUGCGGUGGUUCUAUUCCUUGUAUUCUACUUAAUGAAAACAAUAGUGAUUUUUGGCAUCGAAAGAUGUUAGUGUUGUGUAUGUAACCUUCUGGGAGAAUCUUAAGCCAGGAUCAGUGGCUGCUUUUGAGAUGUUCCUCAGCCUAGAAGUGGAAAAUACAUCGUUAUUGAGGAAAGAAAGGUAUCUUAUUAGAUAUUAACGAUAAAAACUCAACACGUAAUGAUUUGGGACACAUUAAUAAUCCGUAUCUAUGUUGAUGCAAAAACCUAAUCUCAAAGUGUCUUCUAUUUCUCGCCUCUUGUCAUUUUAGUACUUCCAUUUUCACAUCGAAUGUGUUGUAUGGUUGGGUAUGUAGGAUUGUCUUCAUCAUCCAUGCGUGCAAACUUUGACUUUGAUGAUCUGAAUUUUGUGUUCCCCAAAUUUAUACUGAAGGAAGCACUAUUUGAAUUCUUAUCUAGUACUGCUCUUAUUCAUCUUCUUCCGAACGUGUUUUCAGUUUUUUUUUCUCGUCAAUUGAAGCAUGGCAAGUUUCCUGGUUAUUGUAUUUUUAUGUUCUUUGUAUCAGCCAGGAAAGGUUUGAAGUGUUUAAUCUACUCCGAUGGAAUUCUUUUUGCCUCUGAGUGUAUGGGCAACACUUUGAGCAGUUUGUGAGUACGCAAAAAUGUAGUCUUCAUCAUUCGCUUCAACAGGACUCGUGAUAUUUAUCUUAGGAUACUUAUUCACCAGAGCUGCCAACUUUUGAAACGAAUUAGGAUUCUCUAUCAUUUCCUUUAUGAUACCUCAAAUGCUGCUCUGUGGAAACUAUAUGCUUUGGUAGCGUGUGGAUGAAUGCAUUUUUUUUCGUUUCAUCCACUUUGUGUUAGAGAGUAAAUUAGUUGCUUUGUUUGAUUGGUGCAGCAUAAUCUAUGAAGGUAUCUCAAUUCUACCCUCUCUGUUGUAUUGUAGUAAUUUGAAUGAUUAAAUCGAUAGCCCUAGGAAGAAGUAAUUGCUUUGGUAUGAUCAUUGGGGUCUAUCUUGUGGAAAGAUCUCUCCAGGGAGAAUAUCUUUAUUAAGUAGAUGGGAAGGGAAGGAUAGCCAUUCAAGGUUGUCUUAGGAUAAUUGCGAUGAGAAAAUAUUCUGGAAUCAAGGUUAAAAUGGCAUUAGGAUUACAGUGACUUGACCGAAUGGAAAGAGGUUUUAACUAACCUAUGUUUCGUUUCAAAUGGGUUGGAUUGCCGAGAUGUUCAAGUUUUGUGAGAAGUAGGUAGAUUGUAAAGGAAAGGGAAUAGCCAUAUGCGAUAGUCAAAAUGGAAGAGUUUUAGGUGUUUGAUGAAAUCACAAAAAGCUCUAUGCUGAACCUUCUUUGCUGAGUUAAUAAAUUCAGAUCAAAAUUGGGUGUUCAAUUUGUUUCAAGAUGAUUAUAAAUGACCUAACUUGGGCUUUAAGUUAUACAUAGCCAUAUCAUUGCCAUUUGCUUAGUUAUAUUUUAUUGACUUUUAGUAUUAACAGUGAGAAAGAUAUGCAUGACAUUAAUAUCUUGUAGUUUCAGUAAUUUCAAUUAAUCUACGCCUUACCAUUUAAACUACUUGAUUAGAAAAUUUUCAAAAUGGUAUAUUUUAUCAUCCCAAUAUAGAUAAAUGACUGCUUUAUUUUUAUCCUUUUCCUGAUAGUUACAAAUGUUUUUCACGUUCUACUUGUUCAUGAAUUUUGACCGUUCGCCCUAAUUUAGUGGAUCUGUCCCACUAAUUACUAUUGAAUUUGUGUCUGUUUGUCCUUUUGUGCAAUUAUUAUCCAUCUAUAUUCAGUGUAAGCAAUUUCAUGCUAGAUUAGUUGGAGAGAAAAGCUUCCUGAAAGAACCCUGUCUGGUGUGCCCUUCUUCCAUCUACACAGGCCAACAUGGGGGAUAAGAUUGUGAACUUUACACUUGGUUCCAAUUGAGCAAUUGCUAUCGAUUUAUUCAGGGAAAAAAAAAAGACAAGCCCUGAUCAUCUUCAAAGAUGGUUCCAAUCACAAUAAACAGAACACUUUCUUUGUCACCUUCAAUUCCGUGAUUUUUUUGGUGUUAGGGAUCUCAAGAUUAUCUUCAACUCCUCUCUGAAAGUGGCCCGGUUGCCGAAUUAUUUCUCUCCUUGGGUCUGUCCACCAAAUAAUAAUUAUUUAAUAUGUCAAUAUCUGUUGUCAAUUGUCUCCAGGAAAAUGGCUGCGCAGUAAGUAUGUUGGCGUCUCCCUUGUCGGCAAAACUCUUGCUGUUAUGGGCUUCGGAAAGGUUGGCUCAGAAGUGGCAAGACGGGCCAAGGGCUUGGGGAUGCACGUGAUUGCACAUGACCCAUAUGCAUCUGCCGACCGGGCUCGCGCCAUAGGGGUUGAUCUCGUAAGCUUUGAUGAAGCCAUAUCAACUGCAGAGUUCAUAUCUCUGCAUAUGCCCCUGACUCCGUCGACAUCAAAGAUCCUCAACGACGAAGCUUUUGCAAAGAUGAAGACGGGUGCUCGGAUUAUAAAUGUGGCCCGUGGUGGUGUCAUUGACGAAGAUGCUCUAGUCCGGGCCUUGGACUCUGGAAAAGUCGCCCAGGUUUUUAUUUCCUCUUAAUCAAAGCUCAUGGCCGCAUGGACGACUGUAGAUUUCUGAUCUUGGUGUGGUUUUAAACAGGCUGCCCUGGAUGUCUUCACUGAGGAGCCUCCAGCUCCGGGAAACAAGCUGGUCUUGCAUGAAAGGGUGACUGUGACGCCUCAUCUCGGUGCAAGCACCAUGGAAGCUCAAGUGUGUACUUAGUGUACCGAAAAUACUCGAUUUUUUUUAAUUUUUUUUUUCUGUAGUUCCUAUUUUUGAGUACUUCUUUGUGUUUGUGAAAAACCCAGGAAGGGGUAGCUAUUGAAAUAGCCGAAGCUGUCAUCGGAGCCCUAAAGGGGGAGCUUUCUUCUACAGCAGUAAAUGCACCCAUGGUACCUGCUGAGGUAUGACGUAUAAUCUAUGAGAAUUCUAUGGAUGGGGUUAAUGGGUAAAAAAAAUAAAAUAAAUCCAGAUUGGCGAUUUUUAUUUCAUUGAACCGAGAAUUUUGGAGAAUUUUCCAAUAUUGGCACAUAUUGGCGAUUGAUGAGCUGAGGCAACAUAUGUGCAUUUACUCCAAAAAAAAAAAAAAAAAAAAAACAAAAGUCCAGAAUUGCUUCAGCUGAUCAAUCUCUUAUAAUCUAAUGGAUUUCAAACUAACGUUUGUCGUCUCCAGGUCCUGUCAGAGCUAGCUCCAUAUGUCAUAUUGGCGGAGAAGCUCGGUAGAUUGGCUGUUCAGCUCGUGUCGGGUGGCGGUGGGGUGAAGUCGGUGAAGGUGAGCUAUGCGACUGCAAGGGCUCCCGAUGACCUCGACACCCGGCUUCUACGGGCCAUGAUCACCAAGGGUCUGAUCGAGCCCAUAUCAAGCGUGUUCAUCAACCUGGUCAACGCCGACUUCACCGCCAAGCAGAGGGGCGUGCGAAUCGCCGAAGAGCGGAUUCUCCUCGACGGGUCCCCCGAGAACCCAUUGGACUACAUCCAGGUCCAGAUCGCCCAUGUGGAGUCCAAAUUCGCCAGCGCCAUGUCGGACUCUGGGGAAAUCACAGUGGAAGGGAGGGUGAUGGAUGGGGUGCCCCAUCUAACAAAGGUGGGGUCCUUCCAGGUGGAUGUCAGCCUCGAAGGCAGCAUAAUCCUCUGCAGGCAGGUUGACCAGCCCGGGAUGAUCGGUCGGGUUGGGAGCAUCCUCGGCGAGCAGAAUGUCAACGUGAGCUUCAUGAGUGUCGGCAGGAUCGCCCCCAGGAAGCACGCUGUCAUGGCCAUCGGUGUCGAUGAAGAGCCCCACCCCGAGGCCCUGAAGAAGAUCGGCGAGAUUCCUGCCAUCGAGGAGUUUGUGUUCCUCAAGCUCUGA